UCGAUGGCUAUGGCCAUCUUUCAAUUAGACUUUCGAAAAAGAAAAGAGCUUUCUAGAAAGUCGCCAGAAUUGACAAUUGUGAGUUGAAAGACAGUUGCCAGAAUACAACUGUAAAUCUUAUUGAGGUUUAAACUUAGUUUAAACGCAAGCUAAUUUAAACUACGGUCAACCAGCUUUUUAAUAUGAACGUAGUUUGCGUGAUCUUCCUUUAAAUGGGCACUUUAAAACUGGUCCUUAAUCUUAAAAAACACUGUUAAUUUCAAAAAUUUAACGACUUUACGCAUUUGCGCGCGUUCCUAUAUUUGCACUGCCCUGACUGAUGCUUAAGCGCGUCAUCUACCAACUCAAUUUGCUAACUUAAUGUUAUCACUAAUAUACAACUUUGAACUAUCUGGCAACAUUGUCCAAACUGCUAUUUGACAAUUGCCGAUUGACAUUUGACUUUUGCUGUUUGACUGCAAAAAAAGCCGAGUCCCUUGUCAAUUUUUGUGAUUUUUUGCAAUUCAAGAACAAAUUAUAAAAAUUGUGAAAAGAUGACGACUUAUCUGACCGAUAAUGAUGGCAAAUUCAUCCCAGCAACUCAGCGACCCGAUGGUACUUGGCGCAAGGCUCGCCGCGUUAAAGAUGGCUAUGUACCACAGGAAGAGGUACCCUUGUACGAGAGCAAAGGUAAGCAGUUUGCACAACGUAGGAGUACGCUACCGCCUGGCAUGUGCCCGCUGGUAGCUGAGCAAACCAAGAAAGAACGUGAAAAGCAAGAACGCGCUAAAGCCAAAAAGUUGGCCAAACAACAAGAAAACGCAAAUGCUUCAAAAGCGGGGUCCGCCAGUAGCGGGAACAAUAAAAAACCGAAGCAAGCCCCAUCUCAAUUACAACCAACUCCCGGCUUGUUAGUGUUGCCCGAUACUGUUACGGCUAAGGCCGCAAUACCAAAACCUAAUGCUAAUACAAAUAAAGCAUCGAGUACAAAUAGCAACGAUGCCGUAGCCAAACUUGCAAAUGACUUGCAGUCCAGCCUAAAAGUGCAAUCAGAUGACGGUCAUGAAGCGUUGAAGAAA